AUGCUCACAAUGAGGAAGCUUUUGGGAGUUCGAGUUGUGAUCGCGAUGAAGGUCACUAUUGAGCCUUACAAUCCUGAGUGGCCACUCAAAUUCUGCGCAAUACAAGAGCGACUACGGCUUAUUCUCAAGGAUGUGGAAAUUCUGUCGAUUGAACAUGUAGGAAGUACCUCCAUUCCGUCGAUGAAGGCCAAACCUGUUCUUGACAUCGAUAUUAUCAUCCAUGGCCCUUCGCUUGAGGCCGCACGAAGAGCACUCUCCAACGCAGGAUAUACUGAUUGUGGUGAAAUGAAUAUUCCUGGACGAUUUGCGUUCCGACAACCAGGAUACGGAAAGCUUGAUGCGGCCCAUGGUCCGGGUACAAACGAGGUGUUACGAUGCAACACCUAUGUCAUGAUUGGUGGGUGUCUAGCUUUGAGAAACCAUCUCGAUGUAAAGAGAGUAUUGUUGGAAGAUCAAGAGCUGCGCGAAGAGUAG